AUGAGUUUAGAGGCCACAGAUUCCAAGGCCAUGGUUUUGUUGAUGGGUGUAAGAAGGUGUGGAAAAUCAUCCAUCUGUAAAGUGGUUUUUCAUAAUAUGCAGCCUUUGGAUACAUUGUAUCUAGAGUCAACCUCAAAUCCUUCUCUGGAGCAUUUUUCCACCCUUAUCGAUCUGGCAGUCAUGGAGCUUCCCGGGCAGCUAAAUUACUUUGAACCAAGUUAUGAUUCUGAAAGAUUAUUUAAGAGCGUUGGGGCAUUAGUAUAUGUCAUUGAUUCCCAAGAUGAAUAUAUCAAUGCGAUCACAAAUCUGGCGAUGAUUAUUGAGUAUGCAUACAAGGUAAACCCUUCCAUUAAUAUAGAGGUUUUGAUUCACAAGGUUGAUGGCCUUAGCGAAGAUUUUAAAGUGGAUGCUCAGCGUGAUAUAAUGCAACGGACAGGUGAAGAGUUGCUUGAACUGGGGCUGGAUGGUGUUCAGGUUUCUUUUUACUUAACCUCGAUUUUUGAUCACUCAAUAUAUGAGGCAUUCUCAAGGAUUGUGCAAAAGCUAAUACCGGAAUUGUCUUUUCUGGAGAAUAUGCUAGAUAACUUGAUUCAGCAUUCAAAAAUUGAAAAAGCCUUCUUAUUCGAUGUUAAUUCCAAAAUAUAUGUUUCCACAGAUUCGAACCCUGUCGAUAUACAAAUGUAUGAAGUAUGCUCCGAGUUUAUAGACGUGACGAUUGAUUUAUUCGAUUUAUAUAAAGCACCUGUGCUACGGAAUAGCCAAAAGAGCUCAGACAAGGAUAAUGCGAUAAAUCCUCGCAAUGAGCUACAGAAUGUAUCACAACUAGCCAAUGGUGUGAUUAUUUAUUUGAGACAGAUGAUUAGAGGGUUAGCGUUGGUUGCAAUCAUAAGACCUAAUGGCACAGAUAUGGAAAGCUGUUUAACGGUCGCAGAUUAUAAUAUUGAUAUUUUCAAGAAGGGAUUGGAGGAUAUUUGGGCGAAUGCAAGAGCUAAUCAAGCCAAAAAUAGUAUUGAGGAUGAUAUGUGA